AUGCGAAGGGAAAUCAGAAAAAGCACAAAACAAUCAGAUGGUAUAAUAAAUAAAUUGGAUACAACAAGGCAAGAACAAUUAGCUAUAAAUAAUAAAGAACUAUAUGAAGAAUAUAUAUUAUGGUUAAAGAACAAUACUGCUCCAUGGGACAUAGUAAAUAUAAAAUGGAAAAAUACAUUUCAAACAAGAUUUAAUUCAUUGGUUAACGGAGUAAAAAACAAUUCUUACCUAACUGAUUAUCCUGCACUAAAAAGUUCACUUGGGUUUACUUUGAUUGAAUUGGAUUUUGAAGAAAUAUAUCCAGGAAAAAAUCUUUUAUUUAAGCCAGUUACUGUGUCAAAACGAACAAACGCUGGGAGUUCAAAAACUAGUUAUUUCAGACCGUCUAAACUUGAAAUACAGCAGUCAUUUUUAUACUACAUCAGUAAUGUAUCGCAGUUAAAAGAAAUUGAUGAUGCCAAAUAA